AACAUGUGAGCAACAACCGUAGACAGUAUAUAAGAAGCAGCAGUGAAAAACAUGGCGAUGGUCGCUAAAGUAGUCCGUCUAUGUCGCCUGGCAGGACGGACUGUCACCUCACUGUCAGUCACACACAGGCAGCCUAUCAGUCUGCCAGCGAGGAUAUGCUACAUAUCAACCUCGACAGGGAACAAGCUUCAGUUCAGGCUCGAUGAGCAGACAGCUCACAGCAGUCUGGACCUCUUCAAGAAAGACACUGCCGUCAUCUACCGCAUGCUGGGUCUGGACCCCAGCUACGUGCCAGACAACCCAGAGCGUUUCCGAGACUGGGCCGUUGUGUUUGGCAAUGAGAAGAUCAGCAGCGGACGACACUACUGGGAGGUGACGGUCAAAAAGUCUCAAGAGUUUCGUUUGGGUGUGGCCGAGGCCCUGAUGUCCAGAGAGGACUGUGUGGGAACCAAUAGCUCCUCCUGGGUGUUUGGCUAUGCUCAGCGCAAGUGGUUUGCUAUGACCAGCAACAAGAUGGUUCCUGUGACGCUGGUGGGCAAGCCAGACCGCAUAGGCAUCCUGCUUGACUACCAAGCGGGCCUUCUGGGGCUGGUGGACAUAAAAAAACCCACAAUCAUUCACACCAUCAAGGUCCAGUUCAAGACUCCCCUCUGCCCCGCGUUUGGACUUUGGGACGGGGAGCUGCUUACACACUCUGGUCUGGAGGAGCCUGAAGGCCUGAAGUGAAGCAGGAUGAGCUGUGAUGAUUGUGAUGGCCGUGGGCUUGUGUUUGGUACCGUGGCAGCAUUUAUCCAAACAGGAAAGAAAGCAAUAUCUAUGUAAUCAUUUACAGCUUAAUUACAGAUGAUGGUUCAUUUUCUGUGGUCCAGAUGGUUCAUUGUAAUGAAUAUCUUAUCAAUGCAAGUUUAUACUUUGUGUGUUAUCUCAGGCAAUCAUAGCACAUGCAUAAGCAUGUUAUUGUGUGUACCUCAUGUAUUACCUCUCAGACUAACUAAUGUGAAAAGGAUGUAUGGUUGUUUUUGAGAGGAACUUACAUUACCCACACAGUUACAAAGCUGAAAUCAACAACAAUACCUUUUUUGGUAUCAUGUUCAUACUGUAUAUUGUUUAAUAAAAAUAACUUCACUGAAACAGCUUUUACAUUACAUAUAGCAAGAUUAUACACAUUUACAGUGACAGACUAAAGCUUAAGUCAUGUGGAGGAAUACUUUUCACUGCCUUUUACUGAGUUAAAUGAAAUAAAACAAUGUGAAUAUAAUG